AUGUCGCGCUUUCCGCCGCCCCGCGUAGUGGGGAACUCCUCCUCGUCGGCCGCGUCACGCCUUCCGCCGCCCCGCCCAGUGGGCGAUCUGUCUUCGUCGACGUUUUCACGCCUUCCGCCGGCCCACGCAGUGGGCGCUCCGUCAUCGUCGACGUUUUCACGCUUUCCGCCGCCCCGCGCAGUGGGCGAUCCGUCAUCGUCGGCGUUUUCCCGCCUUCCGCCGGCCCGCGCAGUGGGCGAUCCGACGUCGUCGGCGUUCUCACGCUUCUCGUCGUCCCGCGCAGUGGGCGAUCCGUCGUCGUCAGCGUUUUCAUGCCUUCCGCCGCCCCGCACAGUGGGCGAUCCUUCGUCGUCGGCGUUUGCGCGCCUUCCGCCGCCCCGCGCAGUGGGCGAUCCGUCGUCGUCGGCGUCUUCACGCCUUCCGCCGCCCCUCGCAGUGGGCGAUCUGUUGUCGUCGGCGUUUUCACGCCCUCCUCCGCCCCGCGCAGUGGGCAAUCCGUCGUCGUCGGCGUUGUCACGCCUUCCACCCGUCCCGCGUUGGCCUUCUGCCAGGUUCCACGGGUUGCUGAUCGUCGGCCGCCUCCACGGCUCCGACCUGACGCGCAGGUCCUUCUCACUUUCUUCCCUUCGCACGUCCGUCGGCGUCACCGGAUCCGCGCGAGUGCUGGCACGUCGUAGAGCAGUUUUUUUGGAUGGGAACACGUGGACAGACCUCCCAUCCAAGCCUCUCACGAAUGUCUCCACACUUUCUCCUUGUCUUUCUCUGGUUGUCUCCUCUCCUCCUCACUUCCCUUCACCAGAGUGCUGA